UUGAGGUUCAAUAUUGUGAGAAACAGUCAGGGUUGUUGUUUCUCCUUCCUCUGACUGCAGCUGAUCAGGAUGGUGCGGGCCGCGGAGCUGCUGCUGCUGCUGCUCGGACUCUCCGGCUCCUUGCGGGCUCAGCUUCCUCCUCCUCCUACAGUUGUCAUCAACCUGGACGAAGAUCCGGAGCUGCGAUGGUUGCCUCUCAAGAAAGUCUUUGACGUAGACUACCUGAGCAAAGCCGCAGCUGAAAUCAUCGAAUCAACAGUUCCAAAAUGGGUGCAUCAUGCAGCGAUCCCUGUUGUGGAAUCCCUGGAAAAAUACAUUCCUCAACCAUACGCUGGGGAAAUCCGUGGCUUGGCCACUGUCCUGGGAGGGAACCUGUCUGAUGCCAUCAUUCUUAACUUUGCCUAUGAAUUUACCGCAUUUUGCACCAGCAUCUUGGCUCAAGAUAAAAAUGGGAACGUGUACCAUGGGAGGAAUCUUGACUAUCCCCAUGCCAUCCUGAGGAAUUUGACUCUGAAUUUAGUCUUCCAGAAGAAUGGAAAGGCAGCGUACUUUGGAACAUCAUUUGCUGGUUAUGUUGGCUUGUGGACAGGAAUGAGUCCCAACAAGUUCACUGUGUCUGGUGACCAGCGAGGCACUGAGCACUGGUGGAACUGGUGGAAGAAUGUUGUGUCCGUGUUCCUGUUUCACAGAUCGCCAGUCAGCUGGCUUGUGAGGGAGACCCUGGAGGAGGCCGAGAACUUUCAGGAAGCAGUCAUGCGUCUGUCGAAAACCCCCCUCAUCACUGGGGUGUAUUACAUUGUGGGUGGGGUGCGAGCAGGGGAAGGCGUCGUCAUAACCAGAGAUCGAAAGGGCCCUGCUGACAUCUGGCCCCUGGAUCCAUUAAAUGGAGGAUGGUACAGAGUGGAGACGAACUAUGACCACUGGCUUCCUCCUCCUGCAAAAGAUCAUCGAAGGGAAACAGCAAACAAGGGACUCAAUGCUACAGGGCAAGAUCACAUUAAUAUGAAUAAACUUUAUCAGGUGUUGUCCCUGUAUCCUGUCUGUAACAGAAUUACAGUUUAUACCACAGUCAUGAGUGCAGCAUCCCCUGGGAAUUACACUACGUUUAUCAGACCAAAGGGCUGCUCACAGGCCGACUGAGCUGGCUGUGAAGGACCCAAAGACUGCUGAUCGUUUCAACUUCAUGACUUGAUCACAUGGAGUUACACAGCAGUGAGAUCGAGGAAGUUUGGCUUCUUUUUUAGGAUGAAACUGCCUUUAAUGAAAGAACAUUUUUUAUUGUUGCCUUAUCCAGUUAGCCUGCAAAAUGUUAAUCUUUAUGUUCUAGUUGGUUGAAAGCUAGAUAAUAGAAAAAUGCUUAAAUUUAACAUUUUGACCAUAAUUCCUCAUCUUUUUCUUUCACCUUCUGACGAACUCUGAUUUAACCUGCUGUAGUAAUCAUGUUUUUGGACUGUGGGAGAAAACCGGAGUACCCAGAGAGUACACACACAUUCACGGGGAGAACAUGCAAACUCCAAUGCAGAAACACCCCAGGCCAGGAUUCAAUCCCAGGACCUUCUUGUUGCAAAGCAACAUUGCUACAAAUUUAACUGUUUUUAUUAACUAUAUGAAUGUUGUAUAUAACAUAUUUUGGGGGAAUUUUUUGGACAUGCUUAUAAUUUGUAUGCAUUAACAAUAAAGAUUUAAACCAUAA